GAGGUGCUGAUUGGCCCAAAACAACUGACAAUCUGGUGUAACAAAAAUUUCCAAUGUAAACUCAUUUUCCCUUGGUUUCAGCAAUUUUAACUCUAUAUAUAGAGAUGUCUCUGUCAGAAUUGCAUUGUUAGCGUCGCUUGAUAAACUUAAUUGUCUCACAUCACUGACAGUAGAGAUCUAUUGAUGGGUCUCAGCCCCCGGGUAGUUGCUGUCUUGCUCUGCCUUCUAGCAUGUACUGGGAACUCUACCCACGGAUGCGACGGCAGAGCCUUGAAAGAGAUCAUCCACAUUUUGAACCAGGUCACAGAAAAAGGGACGCCGUGCACCGACAGAAUGAACGUAUCAGACGUCUUUACAGAGAGGGAGAACACCACGGAGAGGGAACUUAUCUGUAAGGCUUCCCAGGUACUUCGCAAGUUCUAUAACCCACAUGAUGAGAUUCUGUGCUUGAAGAACAAUCCUCGGCUUCACAAAGACCUGAAAAGACUCAUCAGGAGCAUCAGCGGCCUGCUUCCAUCACCGAGGGGCUGGACUCUGGAUCCUCUGAUGGGACCAAGAGAAGAGGAGACCACAGGCUAAGGACAGACAUCAAACACAUGCGAGGAGAAACUUCAGGAUUAAAUGCAAGUCUUGGGGCUUGUGAUUGGAGCAGUUAUGGAGGCCAUCUAGCCACAGCCAGCGCCUGCUGGGUGGACUGUAGCUUGUCGCUGACAGCAAAGAUGGUACCAUUGGCUGUCUCCCAUCAUCCCUGUCGUCACUGCUCUGCCCUCAACCACUGGAUAGGUUAUUUCUAACUGGCAAUGGGUAAUCAGUACCUAGAGGAUAAAUACCUAACAAAACCAUA